CUUCCUGACCUAGUAGCACACGCUGCAAGCUGCAGAGGUUCUUGUUGCUAGUGUCUACUUGCCGUCCUUGCCGCCAGCCGUGUUGACCCAUCUUGCAUUGGAAGUCCGAACAGACUUCCAGUUUUGCUCUUAGCUCGUUUCCAGCCGCGUCCCAACGAUUUAAUCAGUACCAGUUUAAAAAACGGCUGUGUGCUAUUUCCUCGCACCUUUUGUCCACCUGAAUACAUUAUUGUUGCAUAGAGUUGACCUGCAAGUUAUCUAUUUAUGGGUUGCGUUUCGUCGCGAGAUGCUUCGCCUAAGCCGGCGGGUCUGGACAAGAGCAAACUGUCGCAGCAGAAAGAGACCACCAGCUCGGCGUCGGUCGCGCCACAGCAGCCUGCACCGUCCGCUCAACCACCCAAAGGCGAACCACCCAACGGAGGACCACCCAACGGCGGACCACCCAAAGUCGGGCCACCGUCAGGACCCGCGUCGGGCGAAAUAGGAGC